UAAUGAAUCGCGGCCGGCGACAAGUGACACGCGAAAGCAGGGGAGACUGCGUGCAGCUACGGAAACUGGUCUGGCAAUAUACAACUUUAACAAUGAGAAGGCAGGCGUGACGGCAGAGCCCAAUCACAUCCGACAACUCUCAAAUCCCUUCAAUUCGCUUGUUUUCGCUCUCAUAACGGCCGCCAACGAUCAUGGGCCCUUCUUUGUCCUUGCUGUCCUCCAUCUCCACUUGCUCUUUUCCACCCUCUGCCUUUGCGGCCCCAAACUCCCCAAUCGCCUUGGCGGCCACCGUCCAACUUUCAACCGAUGCACGAUGCUUUCGCUCUAUCGGAGCUGUCCAAUUUCCUGUUCCUCACCAUCUCCUCGCCUUUCCCCAGCGCAUGUGUCGCGCCAAUCUGUGUGAAACGCUGUUUCCGCCACAUGCUCUAUCCACUGGGCUGAUGGCUAUUACCUGCGUCCAGAGUACUUUGCAUCACAUCCACCACCAUCACCACCAGACCAACGUUCAUGCUUGAUGCAUGUCCACCGAGGCCACGUUUUCUUGCCGCGUAACAAGCGUUUGACGGCGUGGCAGCUAGACCCCGGUUCUUACUGACCUUUGCAACCACACCUGAAGCCUAUCUUCUGAAU